AUGGGUAGCAUUAACAGGAGGGUGUCGCAAAAGAUGAGCUUUCCUGAGGGAUAUGAGAGGAAGAGGACUGUGACGAAGAUGGUUCGCUCUGAAUGGAGGGUUAAGGGAGCGAAGGGGGAACUCUUAGAUGAGAAUAGUACUACUUCUGGAAGUGCUCCUCGUCGAACUGUUAUUCCAUUUCCAAAUACUAUUGAGGAAGCUGUGACCUCUCCUAUAACCACAGUCAUGAUUCGGAACGUCCCAAACCAAUACAAGUUGGACGACUUGCUACUCAUGAUGGACGACCAUUGUUGGCAACAAAACAAGACUAUUGAGGAUCCCGCGGAUUGGUCUAAGUUUGAUUUCAUUUAUUUGCCCAUGGAUUACAGGAAACAUGCAAUAGAAGGAAGGAUGUCGAAUUUGGGAUAUGCCUUUGUGAACUUUACAACUCCUUCUGCAGCAUUCAAGUUCUACGAGCAGUUCCAAGGACUCGUGUGGAAUGUCACCGAGAAUCAGAAGAUAUGCGAGAUCAAUGCAGCCCUAUAUCAGGGCAAAGAUACCUUGAUGAGGAUUUUCCGCCAAAAAGUUUUCCAAUGUAAGAGUCGAGAUUUUCUUCCUGUUGUAUUCUCAGAAGCCCGUGACGGCUUGAAUCGCCAAAUUGAGGGAACCCCUGUUGGGAAGCAUGUACCGGGUCUGCCUCGAAGAAGCAUAGGAACCCGUGCAUAUUUCCAAAACCAUUGA